UUUUACCUCGCUCUUACUAUAUUUUAAUUUUUUUCAGUGGCGGAGGGCGAUGUGUACAUACAUCAGAUUGUAUUCACAUACAGGACAGACAAAAGAGAUGCUUUAUCCGAAUGAAGAUUUUGAAGAUUGUAACAAUGGAUUCCCUCCCAAAUUCGCAAUUUGUUUGGAGAAAAAUGGUUUGAAUAAAAUUACUGGGAUAUAA